CAAAGCUCUAGCGAGACAGGUCUCAAGAAUUGAGAUUGCAAAAAUUUAAGUGCAAAGUUGUGAAGCAAAACUAAAAGUGACUUUACUUACCUUUCUUCCAACAAAAAAUUUUCUUUAUAAAAAAGUAUAAACAAAACAUAUAAUUAACGUGUAAAUACACAUUAUAAUUACUGUGGGAUGUUAAUUAUUAUUUACAUCUUAACACUUUUGACGUUUUUUUAUUAAAGACUGACAGUUUGAAGAUAUUUCAAAAACUAUUUUUCACAUUCCACUGCCAUGAAUUUAUUUUCGCGACUUAAACGAUUGGGAGGGGCUUCCAGCAAGAACUCCGUGACACUGCCUGUAACUGGCGUGUCUGCUAAUAAAAGCAACGCUUCUGGCGAAGCUGCGAGUGACUCUGCUGAAGUUUAUAAAACGAUAACGGAGGACAAGUUUCUGGGAGGAAAUUCAGGCCCUGAAAAAGCCGAAAUGGUCCAGGAUGAGAAGACAGCCCCCAACGACGGAGCCGACGAGCAGAUGCUGGGCUCCGGCGGGCUGGAGGACAAGCUGGCCGACCGAAGAGACGAGGUCAAGUUCAUCAAGGGCGACCACCAGAACGGCGAUGCCAAAAUCGAUAUUGGAGCAGUCAACGGAGGAAAGCCAGCUUUCACCGGCAUGAGCAAGGAGGAACUGAUGAAGUACGCCAAUGAUCCGUUCUGGGUCCGUCUCCGUUGGAUCUUCUUCGUGGGCUUCUGGGCCGUGUGGGUGGGCAUGCUAGUGGGUGCCAUUCUGAUCAUCAUCGGAGCUCCCAAGUGCGCCGCUCCUCAGCCAUUGCCGUGGUACAAGCGCGGCCCGCACGCCAAGUUCGCCAGCCUGGAAACUUGCAAGCCAGACGAUGUCCAAUCUGCCAAAAAGAUCCAUGCCGCAGGAGCCAUCUAUGAGUUGCCCGCCGACCUGACCUACAACGUAAAGAAGCCGGAGGUCGAGGAGCAGAUAAAGCGACUGGUGGCCCAGUACCAGGGCAGCGAUACCCGGGUGAUUCUCGAUGUGACCCCCAACUAUGUGGCCAAGGACUCGCAGCUGGUGCAGGAUGCCAUUGCCGAUCCGGAGAAGCGAUCCGCCUUUGUGUGGGUCACUGGCAAGACAACCGUGCCCACCAACUGGCUCAAGGUUGGCGGAACUCGCAGUGCUUGGGAGAAGGUGGGCGACAGCUAUGUGCUCUCCCAGUUCCAGGACGGCUACUACGACCUCAAAAUGAACAGCACCCUGGUACGGAAGGAGUUCGGAGGCGUACUGAAGCAUCUGAUUAGCCUGGGUGUCGAGGGAUUCCGUCUGAACAACACAAAGUUCUUCGUGCUCUCCGAGAAUCUGGAGGAUGAAUUCCCUUCGGCAGCUCCCAAGGACUUGAACCAAGGACCCAGCGACUAUGGAUUCUAUGACCACAAGCAGACCACGUUCCAAUCCGGCCUAGGAGACGUCCUGUAUGAUUACCUGAGCAUCGUGAAGAACGCCUCCGACGAAGCUUUCCUGUCGGUGGCCGAGGAUGUGAUCCAGCCGCAGGUGUAUCAGUUGAGCGAGGUGCCCGGCGUCAAUGGCAUUGAUCUCCCGAUGUACGGUGACUUUGUGAAGGUCCUCAGCAAGUCCAAGCCAGAGAAGUCGCUGCAGAAGGAUCUGGAGAACACACUCUUCCAGGCUGGCAACAGCAGCUGGCUGCAGUGGAACUUUGGGGACAUCUAUGUGGACACACCCCAGGAUCCGUCGGCCCUUUCCCUGUUCCUCUCCCUGCUUCCUGGUGUCCCGGUGGUACCAGUGGACGCCAUUGCGUAUCGAAACGUGACCGAAGAGACCUACAGGCAGAUCGAGCAGCUCCGUAAAUCGGCAUCUUACAUGCACGGCGAGCUGAAGCUGUUCCAAGCCGACUCCUUGGUGGCUUAUUCCAGGCAAAGAAUCAAGUCUGGAAAUCCUGGCUACUUUGUGGUUUUCAAUCCCACCGACUUGCCGCAGUCCAGUAACUUCACAGGUCCUGCCGAGCUUCCCGAAAAGAUGACAGUGUCCUAUUUCAGCGAAGACUACAACAACCAGGACAAUUCCGUCAAGGUGGGCCACGCCGCCAAGGUGAAUCUCAAGCAACUCAAGGUCGCUCCGCACUCGACCAUCAUCCUCACCUACGUUCCGGCCACUACGGAGUAAACGGUUUCCCCCAGCGAAAAUAAUAGCAGCCCUUUGACAUUGGCUUAAAGGCAUAUAUUUAUAUACGGAAUAUAAAUGUGUUUAUUAAAUUGUAACUUGCUUCAUUAACUAUUGAGAUUUAAAGCCGAAAAACAAAACUCUUAAAAAAAUACUUUGCUUAGAACGCGUUAAAGUUCUCUGAUUGUUGAAAACGCUUCAAAAUAAAUUAACUAUUUGCUUGCAUUUAAUAAAAUUUGCUUUAUUUUUUAUA